AGGUCAACUGAAGAGAUUUUUCUGAUUGGUUGCACAUGGCUCUGGCUCCUCCCUGUGAAGUCUUGCCCUACCUCUUCCCUUCUACCUGAUAUGUGCUUCCCUGCCUUGUAUCCCAUUACUUGUGGGUAUUAGCAAAGAGAAGCCCCUGACAGAAUGGCUGCCAACAGAGUCCUGAUCCUAGGGACCCUCACACUGACCUCAUUGUUGAGUCCCCAAGGAGCUUCCGAAUCCAUUGAAGCUGACCACGUGGGGGUCCAUGGCACACAUAUGUACCAGUCCUAUGGGCCCUCAGGCCAGUAUACACACGAAUUUGAUGGAGAUGAGUUGUUUUAUGUGGACCUGCAGAAGAAGGAGACUGUAUGGCGGCUGCCAGAGUUUAGCCACUUUGCCAGCUUUGACCCUCAGGGAGGGCUGAGAAACAUAGACAUAGCCAAGCACAACCUGGACAUCCUGAUCAAACGCUCCAACAGAACCAGGGCCAUCAGUGUGCCUCCUGAGGUGACUGUGUUCUCAGAGAGUCCCGUGGAGAUGGGUCAGCCGAACAUACUCAUCUGCUUGGUGGACAACAUCUUUCCCCCAGUGGUCAACAUCACGUGGCUUCGUAAUGGACAGUUGGUCACUGUAGGUGUGUCUGAGACAGACUUCUACCCUCGGUCUGACUACAAGUUCCGCAAGUUCCACUACCUCACUUUUCUCCCUAACACAGAAGACUUUUAUGACUGCAAAGUGGAGCACUGGGGCCUGGAGCAGCCAGUUCUCAAGCACUGGGAGCCCCAGGUUCCAUCCCCACUGCCAGAGACAACAGAAACUGUGGUCUGUGCCCUUGGUCUGGCUGUGGGCCUGGUGGGCAUCGUUGUGGGCACCAUCCUCAUAAUCAGGGGCAUGCGUUCCAGCAGCAGGAUCCAACAUCAAGGGCCUCUGUGAAUCAAGUGAUAGAAAGGGAGUGAGGAAGUAGAGAGACCUGGAGGUAACAGCUUUCUAAGUGAGGAGGAACACAAGAGCCCAGCUCCUAUCCCUGACCUUCGUCUGGCUGAAGACGCUGCCUUUCAUCACCUGUCUGAGCACCUCAUCUAUCUGUUCAUCCCUCCAUUUAGCUGCCUGGACUUCUGAUUGAUUCCACCUGUGCCUUCUCUUUGAUGACUUCCCCUCAAUCUCAUCAUUUUAUAUAGCAGACAUCCUGGUCUGAUCUCUAAUUUCCCUGUAGGCUCCCUAGGGUGACUCAUGUUAAGGGCCCCGCUUCUUCCAAUCCUGAUAUUCUCUUCAGUUGAGUAAUUUAGUCAUCUCACGAACUCCCCUGCAUUCAACUAUCACCUCUAUACAGAUGAUGCCCAGAUACAGAUAUCCAUCCCUAGUCUCUUGAUGAUCUGCAGUUUCCCACAUCAUUAACUGCCUGUUGGAUUCUCCUAUCCCUUAAUCAUUUCAAACUCAACAUGUCCAAAAAAGGGCACAUUAUCUUUUCCCCAGACUGCUCCUCCUUCCCGUAACUUCUCUAUCUUUGCUAAGGGCACUAGCAUCUUUCCAGUCACCCAGAUUCAUAAUUCCAAUCAUCUUCUACUCUUUUGUUUCCCUCACUCCUCACAUUCAGUCAGUUGCCAAGUCUUGUAGAUUCUUUCUCCACAAUAUAUGAUGUGUCAGUCCCCUUUUCCCUUUUCCCCACUCACAGGGCUAGCACACUGGUUUAGCCCUCUAUCAUCUCUAACUUGGAUGAUUGCAAUAGACUCCAUUAAAUCACUUCCCCCUCUUUAGUCCACAUUCCACACAGCUGGCAAGUUUUCCUAAAGCACAGGUGUGACUAUAUCCUUGCCCUCCUCAAGAAACUCUAGCAUAAAAUACAAGCUGCUCUGGCUUGAAAAACCCUUCAGAAUUGGCACUGUAUAUGCUUUACACUGCAGCCAAAGAGGUCUUUUUGCUGUUCUUUAUACAAGACAUUUAAUUUCUGAUCUACAUUUCAUGUGCAGCCUCCAUGUCUUUGCAUAGGCUGUUCCCUUGUGUCUGGGAUGCAUUCUAGAAUCCUAGCUUCUUUCCUAGCUCAGCUAAGAAAGCCUAUCCUGAUACCACCAAUUGCUAGUGCUCUUCCUCCUAGAAAUUACUUUGUAUACCUUUUAUAUUUAAUUCCCUAUGUAUGUGGUUUUCCCCAUCCCUGAUCCCACCCCCACCAUCAAUACAGUAAGAUUUUUUAGGACAGAGACUUUUUUGAGGUUUUUGUUUUUGUUAUCUUUGUAUCCCCAGAGCUUAAUACAAUACCUGACAAAUAAAUAAAUUCUUAUAAAAUCGAGUCACUUCCUUAUUUGAUGCAGUUACAUACAUGUAGACUCCUGGGUCCUUCUUGGUUGGUCCCUUGUCCUUCUUGGAGGUCACUGAUUGGUUUACCACUGCUUAGAGAUGAGAAGUUCUUAAAUCUUAGAGAAUUACAAAUUUCAUUUAGUGGAAACUAAGAGAUGAUGGUUGGUAUCUAGUCUGACCUUUCCCUUGGCUCAGUCUUACCCCAGGGGACUGUAGCAGAAUCCAUGCUCUCACAGCCUAACUGGAACCAGUGAGAGUGCAAGGACCUGAGGAGAGGACCAUCUGUUGAUCAUUGAUGGAUUGAUUUGGCUUCUAGAAUCCUGGCAGAGAGGAAGUUGGAAAGAGGAAGGAAAAAAGAAUUUAGGUUACGGAGGUGGUCAGAACUAACAAUCCUAUUCCGUCUUCCCAAUUCAAUACAAUUUAAGCAUUUUGAAUUUUUAGACAGUGAUCUAAUUGCAUUGACACUUAACAUUUAAUGGCUUUUAUUUGUCAUCAUGCCAAGUUCAAUCUGGAUGCAUUGCCUGCCCUCCCCACUCAUAAUCUUACCUCACCUUACCUAAACCAUUGUUCCCUGACACCCGUCUCUGUUUCACUCAGUCUGCAUUCAAUCUCACCCAUGCCCAACUCCUUGUGCUAAUUCCCAUCUUAGUAUUCUUGAUCAUGUCAUCUCCUUGCCUGGAAUUUCCCAUUCCUGUCUUGUUCCACUUAUCCUACCCAGCCCUCUAGGUCCAGAUACAAUUCCACUUGCCUCAUGAAGCCUUUCCUGACUGUUCUAUCCCCCACUAAACUUUGGAAUCCUACAGCUUUUAAAAAACCAUACUGCAUGAUUUAACAAUUAAUAACACUUUACAUUGUAAUAUUUGUUGUUGUUCUAUUUAGUCUUCCUAAGAGUGUAAGCACUUUGAGGGUGAAAUCAUGCUUCAGACUUCCAUUUUCCCCAUUGCUCCUAGAACAGAAUGGAACAUUAAUGAGAAUACUUAGACACCUGGUUGAUAAACUGACCUGUGUAUCUUCCCAAGAGUAUCUAUUCUAAACCAACAAAUAUGGAUAGGAUUUAUAUCUGAAACUAGAGGGAGAAACCUGGAUUCUGUAAUUACUCUGUAAUUAUCUGGUGUGUGCCUUAUAUCCUUACCACUCACUUGCAAUAAAGUUCUUUUAUAAUUCAACUCAA